GACUGUAGAAGCAUUGAAGAAUCUGCUGUGUGGGUGGAACAUUAAAAAAAUAUUUUAUUUUUUUUAAUGGAUAAAAAAAAUAUGAAAAGCAAAAAAAAAAGUGGAGAACAAGAUCCAACAUGGGACCAUUGUACCCGUAUCAAAGAUGAUAAUAGAAUGUAUUUGAGAUGUAAUUAUUGUGGAAAAGAUUAUUGGGGUGGAGUGGUUCGAAUGAAAAAUCAUUUAGCCGGAACUCAUGAUAAUGUUGGUGCUUGUAGUCAAGUUUCUGAAGAUGUUAUGAAUAUGUUUUUACAACUCUUAAGUGGAAAAAAACAAGACAACAUUAUAGAUGUUGAUUGUUUUGAAGAAAAAAAUAUUGAGGGAAAAAGUAAAGGGGGAACUAUGGAUUCGUAUGUCACAAAGGGGAGGGCAAAGCAACAAACUUUGAAUCAAAUGAUAAAGCAAAGGGAGCCCGUGAUUAGAGAUAUUUGUAGAGUUAUUUAUGGGCAUGCAUUGGCUUUUAAUUUAGUGAAAAGCCCUUUGUUUAAGAAGAUGUUGAAGUCGGUUGGUGAGUAUGGUGUGGGAUUGAAACCACCAAGUUAUCAUGAAGUGAGAGUAUCUUUUUUGAAAAAAGAGGUUGAUAAUGUGAAUGCAAGUUUAGAAGCGUAUAGAAAAGAAUGGAAGAAGACGGGUUGCACUAUAAUGUCCGAUGGAUGGACCGAUGGAAAAUCUCGCUCUCUUACUAAUUUCCUUGUUAAUAGUCCAAGUGGAACGGUGUUUAUUAAAUCAAUGGACACCUCCGGUGUAAUUAAAAAUUCUAUGAAAUUGUUUGAGAUGCUUGAUGACAUUGUGAAUGAAAUUGGUGAAGAAAAUGUGGUUCAAGUGGUAACCGAUAGUGCAUCAGCGUAUGUGGGUGCCGGUAGAUUAUUGGAAGAGAAGAGGACUAAAUUGUUUUGGUCCCCAUGUGCGGCACAUUGCCUUGACUUAAUGUUGAGUGACAUAGGUGAGUUGACGGUUUUCAAAGAUACAAUAAUUAAAGCCAAGGAAAUCGCUGUGUACAUUUAUAGGCAUGCUUGGGUGCUUGAUUUGUUCAGAAAAUUUACAAAGAAUAGGGAGUUGACAAGACCCGCGGUUACUAGAUUUGCCACCGCCUUCCUUACUUUAAAAAGUUUCCAAGAUAGAAAGCUCCAACUUAGAGCUAUGUUUGCAUCGGAAAAGUGGGCUAGAAGUAGUUAUUCUACAUCUGUUAAUGCAAAAAAGGCACAAGGAACAAUCUUGGGAGAUGCUAGAUUUUGGAAAGCAAUCAAGUAUUGCUUGAAGUGUGUGCUCCCUUUGGUGAAAAUUUUGAGGCUUGUGGAUGGUGAUGCAAAGCCGGCAAUGGGAUUUAUUUAUGAAGCUAUGGAUAGAGCGAAGGAAGAAAUUGCUUCAAACUUGAACCAUGUGAGAGGUAGAUAUAAGCGCAUUUGGGAAAUUAUUGAUACUAGAUGGGAUUUACAACUCCAUAGGCCUUUGCAUGCGGCGACAUAUUACCUUAAUCCAAUGUUUCAUUAUCAAGAAAACUUCAAUGCGGAUACGGAGGUGAAAAUUGGUUUAUUUAAAACCAUUGAGAGGAUGUAUCCGGAUAUAGAGGAUAGAGUGAAGGUUGAUGAGCAAUUAGAAAAGUUCAAGAAGGCCGAGGGUAUGUUUGGUAUGACCAUGGCCAUCUUGACAAGGGAAAAGAAACAACCCGCUCUAUGGAGGGAAAGUUACGGAGAAGAGUGCAAAGAGCUUCAAAAGUUAGCUAUUAGAGUGCUAAGUCUUACUUGUAGUGCCACCGAGUGUGAGAGAAAUUGGAGCACUUUUGAUCAUGUGCACUCAAAGAAAAGAAACCGGUUGGAGCAACAACGGUUGAAUGCUUUGGUUUUUGUGAAGUAUAACAUUCAACUUGAGUUGACGCAAAUUAAGAGACAAGAAAGGGGUGAGACUUAUGAUCCUAUUUAUUUAUCGGAUAUGGAAUCCGAUGAUGAAUGGAUUACCGAGAAAGAAGAUCCAUGUCUACCCGAAGAUCAUUCAUAG